CGGGGGGAACAGAAAAAGGGGGAAAAUGUUUCACAGAGCUUGGAAGUUGCACACUGGGCUAUUGAAUUGCGCGCAGUGCACGCGCUCGGUACUCGCGAACUCUUCUCUAGCACUCACUGAACCGAGCUCCAACUUUCCACCGCGUCGCGCGGAGAAGCGGAAACUGCACACCGCCUCAACACCGAGAGCUGGAGCGGAAAGCGCGGGCGGCAAGUAAUGCUCGCUGCACAGCGCGAAGCGGAAGCGAGUUGACAGACAGAAGAGAUAUAUCUGCAGUCAGAAACCGAAUCCUGAGUGAAGGGAAAACAAACACAACAGAAACGCUCGCGAGGGAGGAUCACCGCUCAACACAAGCACAGCGUCCAGUCGGCUGACUCAAUCGAUCAGUUCACGCGCGCGUUCUGCUGCGGCUGCGAACCGAAUCAGGAGUCGGCUCAGCGAACUGAACACACUGCUUACGGUUUAGAAGAUUAACAGAAAGAGGGGCCAAUAUUUCUGGAAAUUGGUGAACGGCGAGCUAGAGGGCGGGCGGUUGAUGAAACCCUCCCACAAAUCCUUUCCACUCCUCCUCUGAGCUCCUCCCACAGCCCUGUCUCCAUGGCGAUGAGCAGCGACCCCGGGUACGUGGAGCCGGAGCUCGACUCCGACUCCUCUUCCACCUCCUCAUCCCCAAUGCCUCUCUCCGCCAAGAUGGCCGCCAUCACCAUAACCGACCCCUCCAUCAACGGGUUGAGAAAUGGGGCGGGGCAUAAGAGGGCUCCACCCCAAAGGCCACACCUCUCCGGCAGGAAGAUGUCGCUUCAGGAGAGAGGGACGUACCUGUCAGCAGGGGGCGGGGCCGAGCGCAUCUCUCACAUUUCACCACGCUCUGCACGACGGCCAACUAUCGAGUCCAAGCGGGUGUCCAUUUCAGACUCACAGGACUGCAUCCAGCUUAACCAGUACAAACUGAAGAGUGAAAUUGGGAAGGGUUCUUAUGGUGUGGUCAAACUGGCCUACAAUGAGGAUGACGAAAAGUAUUAUGCAAUGAAAGUGGUAUCUAAGAAGAAGCUGAUGAAGCAGUGUGGAUUUCCACGUCGCCCUCCUCCUCGAGGCCCUAAAGCAGCUGUGGGGGAACAGCUGAAAGUGCUUGGGCCCCUUGAGAGGGUUUACCAAGAAAUCGCCAUCCUAAAGAAGCUAGAUCACCUGAACAUAGUCAAACUGGUGGAGGUCCUGGACGACCCAGCCGAGGACAACCUGCACAUGGUGUUUGAGCUAAUGCAGAAAGGCCCGGUGAUGGAGGUGCCUACAGACAACCCUUUAACUGAGGAGCAGGCCCGUCUCUACUUCAGAGAUAUUGUCCUGGGCAUCGAAUACUUGCACUAUCAGAAGAUCGUCCACCGGGACAUCAAGCCCUCGAAUCUGUUGCUUGGAGAUGACGGCCAUGUGAAGAUUGCCGAUUUUGGUGUUAGUAACCAGUUUGAGGGUAACGAUGCCUUGCUCUCCAGCACUGCAGGGACACCGGCUUUCAUGGCCCCAGAGACUCUGUCUGACAACCGCAAGAGCUUUAGCGGAAAGGCUCUUGACGUGUGGGCAAUGGGAGUGACACUUUACUGCUUUGUGUUUGGGAAGUGUCCUUUUAUCGAUGAGUACAUCCUGGCUCUGCAUAACAAAAUCAGGAGCAAGCCUGUGGAGUUCCCCGAGACACCAACUAUCAGUGAAGGCCUGAAGAAUCUGAUCCUGAAAAUGCUGGACAAGGACCCUAACACCAGGAUAACCAUUCCUCAGGUUAAGCUGGACUCCUGGGUCACGCAGGAUGGCACUGACCCGUUGCCUUUGGAAGAGGAACAUUGCACUGUAGUAGAGGUCACAGAAGAGGAGAUUCAGAACUCGGUCAAAUUUAUUCCCAGUCUGUCUGCUGUGAUCCUUGUGAAGGCCAUGCUGCGGAAGCGCUCUUUCGGGAACCCUUUCGAGUGUCCCAGCAGGAGGGAAGAAAGGUCCAUGUCUGCCCCGGGCAGCCUGCUCAUGGACUCGUGGCCGUUUCGUCCCUCUCUUAAACUCCACCCUUCUUUAAGGAAAGGUAGCAGCGGAGAAGCUGGACGAGAGGUGGAGCUGGAGGACCUGCAUGAAGAUGAACCGCCCUCUUCUGAUGAUCACUCAUAAGUGUAUGCGCAUAUCGGCCAUAAGCUCCGCCCCUUUACUCAUUCCUAUUGUACAGGCAGACUUAAAUCUUACUUUUCACAUUAACAUAACCUUCAUAAACGCUAAAAGAACAUCGUGAAAUUUGAAUUUGCAAACUGUUCGUCCAUAUACGUAUUCCUAACUGCUUUCUAAUUCUUUAAUGAAGUGUCUUAUUCCAAAGCCUUUUGACGCUGGUGAUUUGGCCAGAUCUACCUUGCUUUGUGAUCGACACAUGGAUCCUACCUUUUUUUUUCUGGAUACCGCUCCUCUUCUUGCCACACCCACUGUGCAAAGCCACUCCCCCCGCCUCCUGCGUUGCUAUUCAGAGGAAAUCUCUUGUAUGGAGAGAAGUCUGGGAUGUGAAGCAACCUUCAAGAACAUUCCGUAUCGUUUUAUAUCUAGAUGUUUGGAGAUGUUUCACAGAAGCUGCUUUCUGCUUCUUCUUCUUUUUUUCCUCUCUUUCUCUCUCCUCAUGCUCUCAGCAUGCACCUUACUCUUCGUCCUUCAUGAAUCGAGAUUGAAAUUUUCAGUGAAUUGAGAAAAAUUUAUUUUAUUUUUGACUUGCAAUGUACGAUCGAACAACAAACUUAACAUUAUAGCAUUAUUUUAAAAACAUCGUUGAUACCAUGGCUGGACAGCCAGAAGAUUCGGAACUCAUUUUAAGGAACGUCGAUUGAACAUCUCGCUAGAACCGUACACAAGUGAACGAAGGGAUGAGCAGCAUUUUGUACAUAUGUAAUGUAAUUUCGAUGUUGUCCUGCCUUGUUAUGCUUUGCAUAUUGUAAUAUUUAUUGUACACAUGGCCAGUUUUGGACUGCUUGCCAUUUUGGUAUAUAUACACACACACACACACACACACUCACACAUUAAUUGAAGAUUGUGUUUUUUUUUAUUCAAGUGGGCAAAACUCAGCCACUAUGAGAGGGCUAUGAUAUUUUCACACAAGCACACAUUUCAGAAUAGGGCUAACAUGCAAAUGUUAGAGGGCUCCUCAUUUGAAACACACACAGCUACACAUCACUAGCACACUGCAUGAUGGUGAAUGUCGCAAAUCCACCAUUUAGACUUUAGUAAAACAGAAACCAUAUCCUGUGUCACAAUGUGCUAUUGUCUCCCUGAAUAUGUCAUCAUUUACCGAGUCUCGCCACUCGCAGUGGCUUAUUUGUCAGCUGACGAGAGAUACCCGACAGUUUGCCUGUCAUAAACGCAUACAUAAACAAAGUCACCGAGCGUGUGUUUGUGUAGAAAGCGAGAAGAUCUCUCUCGCCACAGUGUUGUGCAAUCUGAAUGCAGUGAUUAGCAUCAAGCCCAGCACAUCGACUGUUAUUCAACAUGACCACCUCCCCUUUGUCCUGGAUUACAUUCGUACAACAUUCAAACUCGGUCAGGGACAGGAAGCUGCUUUAACAAGAACUUCAGGCUGCCGAUAAUCAAACUUUUUUUUUUUUUUUAAUUGGCCGCCAUUUAAAUCGCAGUUAAAUCUCAUGCAGUUAAGAAGCAAUAAUUCCUUUUCUGAUCAGAUGAAUAUUGCAGUGAUGUCUCUUGAUGGUGCCAAUCAUCAUAACUGCUAAUUAAACAGCGCGCGUGUUUUCUCAACAUGAUUUAUUUUAUUAUAAACUGUUAGAUUUCUGCAUAAUAAAAAGCAGCCUAUUAAUCCCUGUAAAUAUUACAGCAGCCAGGGAGCCCUUCCAAAGUGACGAUGGCAGCGCCUGAUCCUACUAUUGAAAUAUUAAGCGCAUCACAUUGCAUAUUUAUUUAUUUAUUUAUAUAUUGGCACCAUUAUUAACGGCACCUUUGCUCGAUUUGCUAGAGUUGUAAGGUGAUGAGUUUGAAUUUCACCUGAGAAAGACACUUAAAGGGAAAAAUCUUCCUUGAACAACUUGCACAUUAAUCUUUAUCCAACUUUUUUUUUAUCUGACAGAUUGGUCUAUUUUCACUUUGAAUCCCUACAUUACCCAUGUUCGAUUGCACACUGGUGGUGAUGCCAGUGAAAUCUCAUUUCUAUCUAAAGAGAGCGGCAGCGCUUUAGUCCUUUAGUCUGUCCAGUGCUUUUACCUCCUCAUCUGUACACUUUGCUCAAACAGAUCAGCUUCCAAAACUUCGACUUUAAUGCUAAUCCUGGCGUCAAUUCCAUCAUGCCUGACAUGUCAUAAAUUGCCAACUAGCUGAGCCGAGUUUCUUCCGUAACUCAGAACUCUGGUGACAUUUUCUGUCACCACUACACUGGAUUUCUCAUUAAUAUGACAUCGAACACAGCUGCAAAAUGCUGAGUGAGAAAAUAAACUCGUUUUUUUCUUUGUUUUUUGGGAGCUAACAGUAAAACCUGGCCGUUCAAAAACCUGAUCACGUAUGCUUGAGAUUGUUUACAUUUUGUCUCCUGCAUUGUCCUUCUCACUGGAAUAACAAACGUACACCACCGACCAACAAAUUAGCCCCAGAAUCACUAAGCACGUCACGUAUAUUUUGAUAUAAACAUAUUCAAUACGUUUUAGGGUGGAGUUUUCCUCUAAGCUUCAAGUGCUUGGAUUGGAUCCUCUUUCUAUGUCACUUUUGGGCCAUAUUCAGAGUUAGAGACUUGGGUCCAAAGUUAUAUUAAUAUUCAGAUAGUGAAGUCAAAGUUAUUCAUAAUCAUAGACAGGUUACGGAACUGCUUAUGAAAAUUUUCUGUGAGGCCUACGCUUUUUUUAUGCAAAUGACUUGCCUUCAGGUUGCCAGGUUUAUCUUGAGCAGAAGCAUAGCAGACGGGGCUUUGCAGUCGCAUCUAGACCAUUGCCUUUAAACACAAGCCUAUAAGCCAGAAAAACAAUCAGGGACAGAAAAUGCAGACGGAAUACAGAAACAGCUUUUGUAUUUAAUAUGAAGAUACAUGAAUGAAAUGAUGGCAAGCAUUGAAAUAAACAUCUACUGGUCUAAUUUAUCGCCAGUAUAUUGCAGCAUUGCUAGUCCUAGUCAUAACAUUAAUCACUACAAAUUUGAUCGCCCUCGUUAUUUGGCAGCUUAUAAAAUAACACUUGAUCCAGCACAUUUAAGAUCAAGCCUUAUUGUGCACGUAAAUCAAUCGAGGCAAGAAAUAGCCAAGACAAUAUGGUCCUUUAGAUUAUAAAAUCAUGUGCCAAGUGAAUAAAAUGUUAAAAUGCCCAUUCAAUUAGGCUUAUUAUCAUAUAAUAACCAAACCGUGAGUGUAACUACUCAUUGUAACAGUACACCAACCCCUGGAGCUUUCUGGACUCCACCCGCAGGACGUUCGAUGUAGAAGAAAACCUGCACGUUAUCCAUAAUUACAUCUUGAUUUUUCCUUCUUUGCUUAUAAGAAUGGCCACCAUUGCUGUUUUAUGUACAGCUGCUUGAAUUCUUAACAGUAAAACCUUUUGUAUUCUGCCCACUGGAUGUUUGAUGGAGAGGUACGAGUUUCCACGUUACCUUGGCUCUCUGGAUGACGUAUUGACUCUCAUGUUCCCUAACAGAUGGUGUUUUCUUGUCGUUUCCCUUUAUCCCGUCUCUUACACUCUCUCUCAUGUCUCUCAGUUUCACUGGCAUGGACAGAUGCUUUACUUUAUGUAUGUGUGUAAUGUUUCGGUCAUCUCUUGUGUUUUGGAGGUGAAAUGAACACCUCUAGGAAUGUAACGUGUGUGUGAGAGUGUGAGUGAGGUGUAGCAAUGAAAGCAGGUAUGCACAUACAGCAGUGGUUUUUUGGACGCACCAUAUGGAAGUGUACAGUAGUCACAAAUCUAUUAUCGAACACAGCAUGUGGGUUUUCUAAAUGUAAUGCACGUGUCCCCUCUUUAACAUUUACUAUGCACUUGUAUGUUGUUUGUAUGUUGUGUAAUGGCAUGUCCAUGACCUCAGUAUAACAUCUGAACUCGUUACAAAAGCUCUAUCAGGUGCAGUAUCUUAAUAACCGUGAUAUGACUCAAGUAUCUUUUUAAACGUGGUACAACUCAAGGAUAAUAAUACAACCCCUUUAACACAUUCUAUUGUACACAUAUGAAAAGCUAUCGUGUGUGUGUGUGUGUCCUGCUCUGAUGUUUAUUAUACUCGUAUAGAUGCUUUAUAGUGGGAAAAAAUUAACAGUGAUAUCUGCCAUGUUGUCUCUGUUCUGGUUCAGGUCAUAGGUUGCAAUUGUGCAGUGUCUCAGUUACUUAUCUUGCUCUCUCUCUCACACACACACACACACACACACACACACACAAACACGAAAACACACACAGAGUUCAGUGGAGAAAAAAUGUGUGCAGUGCAUGGACUCUCCAUAACUUGCACUGGGAAACACUACAUUAUUAAAAACCUACUUUGGGAUGCUUUACAUUGUUUAAUUUGAGGAAAUGGCAAUGUGUGUGUGUUUUUUUUUGUUUUGUUUUUUAAAAAUAAAAUGUAGUAGCACCUGGUCACUUUUUAUGUUUGCUAGACUAAGGCUGCGUUCCAAUACUGGUCUUGACACAUUCUUAUUGACUUCCCCUUAUCUUUGUGUAUAGAAGUGACCAUUGUGUGGAAUUGUAAUCCUCAUUGGCCUCCUUAGAGUUAUUCCACUUCUCUAAUUAUAAUAAUAAGAAGAAUAAGAAGCAGAAGAAUAUAUUAAGUAUUUUUUUAUAUUAUAAGCACAGGUAUGUAAAGAGUGUUUUAGAGAAUGCAGAUCAAUUUAAUCUGAAAGAAAAAAAAGAUGACGAUGACAGAAAAAGGCAAUAAAACUGGAGGUCAAAUGAUAGAGUAGAGGUGAAGUGAAAAAUAUUAGAUAACCAUUUGGAGGGAUUGAUUCACUGGCCAGGUCCCAGCUGGCAUGCUGGCUAAUUAACACACCACCAGUUAAGCUAGCUAAUGAGCAAGCUGAAUUCUCUAGAUAAGAAAAAGUACAAUUAAUCAGUAAACUGCUUCACCUUGGAUAUGCUUUCUAACAAGGGCUAUGUUUAUAUAUAUAUAUAUAUAUAUAUAUAUAUAUAUAUAUAUAUAUAUAUAUAUAUAUAGUGUGUGUGUGUGUGUGUAUAAAUAUCUACUCGUGAUCUAGGCCUAUGUAGACAAGGGUGUGUUGAAAGCAGUAUUGGAAUGCAGUGCAGGUCUUUUGAAUCCAAAGCAUUUAUGGUUGUAGAUAUCUUUCUCUCCUUCAGUGUGUGUAGGAUGAAGUUUCAGGUUGAUUUAUCUCUAAAUGAACUACAGUUUCUCAUAUAUACAAUAAUUGUCUAAUUUAUCUUUGCUUGAGUGAGGGUCGUUGUCAGUUGUUACAUGGAUGUCUAUAUUCCUGUGCAUUAACCUGAAUGUACUUAUUAUAAUUAUUACCAAAAAAAAAAAGCAUGGCACAAAAAAAAUAAAAAUAUUGAAUGCAACUUGUUACCAUGUACAUAUGUACGAAAAUAUAUAAAGAGGAUAUUUUUUGCAUGCUUUUUGUACAUUUAGACAAAUUCAAGGACAAUAAAGAGCUCAAAACCAA